AUGUCGAAGACCUCAGUGGGCGAAGUCUAUGCUAAGGUCAUCAACGAUGUGUGCGAACUCUCACGACAGGACUUUGAAGAAGGUGGUGUUGAGUUGGCAACCUUGGAGUUGUUGAAAGCGGAAUGGCAGAAGAAACUUUCUGGCCUCAAGGUCGCUCAGCUACCUUGGGAUCCCCCUCCAGCGCCUCUCAAAGAGCAAACUCUCCCCAGCAAUGCCAAACCAAUACCUACGACCUUGCCGAGCAAUGGCAACCUCACCGGCACCCCUCCGGCACAACCCUCAGUGCCCUCGCAGCCAGCCAUCAAAGCUGAGAGCAACGGUACUCCUCAGUCAUAUUCACCUCAACCUCAACAGCUGCCCCCGCUCCAGCAGUAUCAAGCUCCAUCGUUCCAGCAAGGCCAGCCCAUGACCGCACGCGACCGGGCGGCGAUGAAUCUACACCAGACAUACGGCCCUCGAGCCGGUCCCCAGAUUGCACAACUGCAGUCCAACCAGUCUCGUGUACCUGGCCCUCCUCAAGCAUCUCCGCCACCCAACUAUAUCAAGCAGGAAGAGGCUCAGACGUUUCCCGGUGUUCAAGACUACUCUCAAUUCCAAGCACCUCUGAAAUCUAGUCAAAACGAUGGCGCGUCCGACGCUCGGGAUGAAUGGGACGCAGAAUAUUUCUCACGCAAAGCUCUCUCUGCCUCACAUGGCGCGGAAGCAGAUCGGCUAAUGCGCGACCACUUCAUAAUGUCUCAACAGUCGCUAGAAGCUGGUGGGCUUCUCACCACCCUCGAAUCCCGACCAGCUCCACGCAGAAAUACCAUCCGCCAAGUCAAUGCCGUGGUCGGCGGCUCCUCCUCAUCAGCCUCAGCGCCACCAAGCAUCACUCGCGCCCAAGGCGACGCUGCAGGUGACGAUGACGACGAUGUUGACGAUGAGGAUGCUAUCAACUCCGAUCUUGAUGAUCCAGAUGACCUCGCCGCCAAUGACGAAAACGGUGAAGAGACUGAACAAGUUAUGCUAUGCACAUAUGACAAGGUACAACGCGUGAAGAACAAAUGGAAGUGUAUUUUAAAGGACGGCAUCUUGCGAGUGGAUGGCAAUGAAUAUGUCUUUCACAAAGGCAAUGGAGAGUUUGAAUGGUAA